AUGUCACAAAAAGGUCUGAAAAACCAGACGGCGAACGACGGAAAGACGAAAGAUGGGGGCCCCCAAGUCUACGUAAAGCUUUCCGGCCGCAAUUACGGUUCCCAAAUAGGCAUCAACAAUGGAUCGAUCGAGCAGUACAUUCUCGACGGCCGGGUAGAAUACGUCGCUCGGCUGCGCCAGGAUUCCCCAGAUACUUGGGUAUUUUGGGUGGACGCGAAAAACGAAGAGACCUUCCUCGAGUCGUACCAUGCACUGGCAAAACGUGCCGAGAUACCCGGCUGGGAUGAUGCAAAGAUGGACGAUAUACCGGGCCUCGUUUUUGAAUGGCUGAAGAAUGAUCUGGUCAGUCCUUGGCUGCUCAUCCUCGACGGCAACGACGACGCCAACAUGCUCUUCACCGAAAGAGUGACUGGGGCUGGAAAGCGUGGCAAGAGUGGCAACGGCUCCAUCCUCAUCACCUCUCGUGAUGCCAAAGCUGGGAAAGGUCUCGGAGCCUCCGUCUCGAUACAGGUUCCGCCACUAGACAGCGACGAUGCCGUGGAGCUGCUUCGUAAGAAGGUGCCCGAAGAGAUGGUCGGGAACGCAGAUAUUGGUGGGCUCGUCAAGAAGCUAGAGUACCUUCCUCUGGCCAUCAGCCAUGCCGCCACCUAUAUCUCGGAAACCCCCUGCACAGUACCAGAGUACCUUGACGUACUCGACGAUGAGACCGAAUUCGCCAGUGUAUUGGCAACAGAAGUCAACGGAAAACGCAAAACCGACGUUCCGUGGUCCGUCAUGAGUUCCUGGACCUUGUCAUUCAAGCGCCUCCAAGAGCGGAACCCACGAGCCGUCGAGCUGCUCCAGAUGAUAUGCUUCUUAGACAGACAUAACAUUCCCAAGUUGUUAUUACAACGGGGUGCGGGGAAGGCAGAUUUUCUGAACGAUGUGGUUGGCCCGUUGUUGCGUUUCAGCUUUCUGGCUCGCUCGAAGUCGCAGGAGAAAGAUGACGUCUACGAGAUGCCCUCUCUGGUUCAUCUAUUCAGCUCGAUUUGGACCAGGGAGAGCAAGGAAGCCACACAUGCUGCUCAGAAGGCUCUUAAAGCUGUCUCGGCUCAUUAUCCACCAGCAGAUGACUCGGACGAAGAUCUAUGCCGGCAGCUUAGCUCUCACACCAGAGCUGUGCUCAAGGCCACCGGCGCCGCCAUCGCUGACGCCGCCGCCCCUGCUGUCGAGCUCAACACGGUCCUCGAUGACGACACCGCGAAAGCGAGAGCUACGCUCCUGCAUAAUGCCUCUUCGUACGAAAUGGACGUAGGAAACGUCAAACUUGCCGAGAAGUGGGCCGACGAAGCAUGGCGGAUCCGUAAGGAGCGGCUCGGAGAGGACGACACGAAGACUCUCGAAAGCAUGUACAACUCGGCGCGGGCAUACUUCGAGGUCGGCAAUUCUAAAGAGGCGAAUACGCUGGUAGCGUUCUACCUGGACGUGGGCAAGUGGGCAGAGGCGGAGGCGCUGGCCAAGAGUGUGGUUGAAGCCUCGACUCAACUCGGGCCUUUGGCUCUGCCGGAUACUUGGGAUCGCAAGAUGACGCGCGUUGAAGUGUGGAGAAGCAUUGGCAAACACGAGCUCGCGCAGGAGCUCGUCGAGAGUAUCAUUGACGAGAAACGUACGCAAAUACGGAAAGAUCGGGAAAAGAACAACUUGCCGGCGGCCUCAGAAGAAGAAGAAGAGAAAACCAGCCUUUGCGAAAACACCUACGACCUUGCCGACACCCUGCUGACGUUGGCGUUAAUUUGCCGUGACAGAGGCAUGUUUGGGCAGGCCCGGGAAUACGCGGAAAAGGUGGUCAAGGCCAAGAUACAAACCUACGGAGAGACGCACCCCAAUACCUUACGCUGCCAGAUUAGCCUGGCCUUGAUCUACCAAGAGCAGGGCGAGCUGACUGAAGCCAAGAGCCUCGGGCAGCAGGUGACAGCGCAACUCUCGACAACACUGGGACAAGACCACCCAGAAACACUCACGAGCUGGAGCGACCUGGUCUGGGUGUACGAGAAGCUCGGCAUGUUGGAAGUUGCUGAAAAGGACGCCAAGAUUAUCGAGAGAUUGUCGGCGGAUGUCCUGGGCGAAGACCACCGGCAGACACUCCUCACUAGGGGCAACUUGGCUUCUAUCUAUCGAUGCAGGGGCAAGCUAGUUGAGGCUGUUGAGCUGGGCAAGCAAGUCCUCCAUACGCGCGAGGCGACGCUGGGAAGGGAUCAUCCGGAUGCACUCAUUGGCGUCACCAACCUCGCCCUGACGUAUCAGAAGCAGGGCCGUUAUGAGGACGUUCGCAAGCUGUUCCGGCACGGCGCUGGUCUCGACGAGGAAGAUGCCAGUCUUUUCAUCCGGUACGGGCGGGGACUUAUCGGAUCUCUCACGUUGGCUGUGAUUGUUUCAUAUGUUAUUAUUAUUUCUCUUACCACGCUAGGUACUAAGUACAUGCGGUCCCUCAGCGAUUAA